UCGAGUGAUUCGUCCACAUUUAUCACCCGACCACGGUCGAGGGCAGACGUGUAAGGUUAUCAACAUGAAGCUGCUACUUUGUUUGUUGUUGUGUAGUGUAUCGGUCACUAAAAUAUCUGGCGGUGCGUUCCGGACAUUGCUUUAUUCGGAUUGGAUUACAUGUGACCACAAUCGCACUCUGGACCUCGACGUGAGCGAAGUCCAAGUAUUCUUCUACGACUUCCAAAACAACUUCAACAUCACCUACCAGAUAGACUCGGCUGUCAAUGGCAUCUUCACAAAUUACAACUUGGAUGUCACAAGGAAACUCAUCUUCUUCGUCCCAGGAUACAAGUCCCACAUUAGCAAGAAGACCGAAGAGCUCAUAAGACAGACCUUCAGUGACGUAAAGAAUACAUACCUGAUUAUCAUCGACCAUUCAGCAUACACCAACGCUAGAGGUGGAAAGAUACAGAGUUACGAACGAUCCGUAUUUUACUCCUACUACAUUGGUACAGCACUGGGGAAACUGCUUGCAGGAUUCAGGAAGAAAGGAUACCCUUCAAAGAACAUUCACGCUGUUGGUCACAGUCUCGGCAGUCAGAUGCUUGGAUUUGCUGGAACAGAAUACACCAAAGAAACCUCGGAAAAGAUCUGGAGGAUCACCGCUUUGGAUCCAGCAGGACCUUGUUUCUCCAACAGUCUAAUCGACGAUCAGGUCAGAUCUGGAGUUGCCGAGUACGUUGAAGUCUACCACUGCAGUUCAGGGGGUUUGGGAACCGAAAGCGUUCUAGCUGAUACCGAUUUCUUCAUCAACAGAGGCAGGAAGCAACCUCCUUGCCACCAAGGCCUUAUUCCUGGCUUUGGCGAGUCAGGCGCUGACAAAUGCAGCCAUAAGAAGUGCGUGGAGUAUUGGGCUAAGACUGUUCAUCAACCAUCUUGGUAUUUGGCCUGGGCUUGUGAUUCCUACGACCUGUUUUCCGCUGGUAAAUGCUCUGCAAACCAGAUGACGAUAGCUGGUUAUUCGAAUCCUGGGAAUGCGACAGGAGUGUUUUAUGUGUCGACAGAAACUUAUGGACUUCUGUGAUAAAUUAUGGAUAAAGUGUGUAAUGGAUUCCGGAAUGAAUCAGCCGUGAACUUCGUGAAGUGAGGUCGACGAGUCAAGGGCAAUAACGAAAGGCCAUGCGUAGGAUGCGAAUGUUAAUUGGCUAAUCGUUGCUCCAAUUGUGUUUGUGAUUACCGCAAGUUGUUCGCAGUGUUCGAAAAAACUGAUUAUG